CUUGUCCCGAGCAGACAGCAGGGCAGGCUCGCGGGCGCUGCACGAACCGAGGGGCGGAUAUCGCGCGAGCGGCUGUGUUUUUCUAUCCGAAACCGAGGAAACGGUACCGUCGACUCGAGGCGCUUUUUUUUUUUUUUUUUUGUCACCUUGAACAUUCGGGAAGCGCAGCGCGGUGUGCGGUUUUGGAGAAACAAAAGCGGAAAAAGCAAGCCGGGGAGAGGAAGGUGUUUGUGUUUGUCCGGGACUCGAGGCUGCGCGGCAUGAACGCCCGCCCGCUCACCGGCCCUGUUUGGGUGAGACAGGAGCGCUCGCUUUAACCGCGACAUGCACCGAUAAACAAAGAGGCGGCUGCUGUGCUGUCCGUUAACUCUGCCGCAGACUGAACUCUCUGUAAAGAAGGAUUAAAGCGGCGCUGCCGUGCAACAACGUUACAAAUAGAAACAAUAAGCCCGCAUUGAUGAUGCCUUCGCUCGCCGUCCGGAUCCUGCUUCUCGGCUUGUGCGUGCGCGGCGCCGCGGCUCAGACAGCGUCCGCACGAGCCGUGUGCGCGCCCGCGUGCCGCUGCGACGGAGACGGAGGCGCUGAGUGCUCCGGGAGGGGGCUGAGCUCGGUACCGAGCGGCCUCAGCGCAUUCACCUACUACCUUGACCUCAGCAUGAACAACAUCACAGAGCUGCCUGCGAAUGUCUUCAAGAACCUGUCGUACCUCGAGGAACUGAGACUGGCGGGUAAUGAUCUUACUUUCAUCCAUGCUGAAGCUCUGUCUGGUCUCCACCAGCUCAAAGUACUCAUGCUACAAAAUAACCAGCUAAAGACGGUUCCCAGUGCUGCUCUCAAGAACCUCCACGCUCUGCAGUCUCUGCGCUUGGAUGCAAACCACAUCACAGUGGUGCCUGAGGACAGUUUCCAGGGCUUGCAGCAGCUCAGACACCUGUGGCUGGAUGAUAACAGUCUGACCGAGGUUCCAGUUGUGCCUCUGCAGCAUCAGGGGAACCUGCAGGCACUCACGCUGGCACUCAACCGCAUCGGCAACAUCCCAGACAACGCCUUCGCCAACCUCUCCAGCCUGGUGGUGCUGCAUCUGCACAAUAACAGGAUUGAGAAGAUCGGGAAGAACUGUUUCAGUGGCCUGGACAAUUUAGAAACAUUAGAUCUGAACUACAACAACCUGAAAAGCUUCCCCGAAGCCAUCCAGACUCUCCCCAAGCUGAAAGAGCUUGGCUUUCACAGUAAUAACAUCGCCGUCAUACCUGAAGGAGCUUUUCAGAAGAAUCCUUUGCUGCGCACCAUUCAUCUCUAUGACAACCCUCUCUCCUUCGUGGGAAGGUCGGCUUUCCAGAACCUAUCAGACCUGCAAUCUCUGAUGCUGCGUGGUGCCAGUAUGAUGCAGGACUUCCCCAGUCUGACUGGAACUAGGAAUCUCGAGAGCCUCACCCUGACAGGCACUAAGAUCAGAGCUGUACCUGCAGAUCUGUGUGAGAACCUCUCAGUUCUCCGGACAUUAGAUCUUUCCUACAAUGAGAUUGAAGAGCUGCCAUCCUUUCAGGGCUGUGUGAGUCUUCAGGACAUAACCCUACAGCAGAACCACAUCCAGCAGAUCGAGCGAGACACUUUCCACGGCCUGACGAACCUCCGAGUUCUAGACCUGAGCAGAAACGAGCUGAAGUUCAUCCACCCAGAUGCCUUCCUGUCUCUCAGCACGCUGAACAGCCUGGAUCUGAGCGUGAAUCGUUUAGCCAGUGUACCUACAGCCGGACUAAACGCCCUGAACCAGCUCAAGCUGACAGGCAACGUGAACAUGAGGAGCAUCCUGAGCGCCGCCGGCCUUCCCAAGCUCAGGUCUAUAUCAGUGCCGUAUGCAUAUCAGUGCUGCGCUUUCAUUGCCUGUGAUGGAACACUGAGCUCCCUAGAAAGAGAGGACAGGAAGAAAGGCAUCGGUGUGGAUGAGGAUAUGGAGAGGCCCCCCUUGCUCAUGCAUUGCUCUCCUUCUCCAGGAGCAUUUAAACCGUGCGCCCACCUGCUUGGCAGCUGGAUGAUUCGACUGACCAUAUGGUUCAUCUGCCUGGUGGCUCUCCUGUUUAACUGCCUCGUCCUGGCCGCCACUCUUUUUCCACGCAGCUGCCCGCUCUCACCCACCCGCCUGCUCGUGGCCGUCCUGGCUUCCUCCAACCUGCUGACGGGAUUCUAUGUGACUGCACUGGUCGUCUUGGAUGCCGCCACGUGGGGCUCGUUCGCAUCCUAUGGCGUGUGGUGGGAGACGAGUGCCGGGUGCCAGGCGCUCAGCGUGCUGGCCAUGUUCUCGUCCGAAUGGGCUGUACUGGUGUUGCCUCUGGCCGCUGUGGAGCGCAGCUUGGCUGUCCGGGCGCUGAUGGGUAAAGCGGGAGCACUGAGGAGCUGUGACCGGAGGGGCCAGAGAAGGAAGUUUGGACUGGCUGCAGGACUUCUGGGUGUAUUGGCAGCUGGGGUGGCAUUUUUAAGCCUUUAUCAAGGAGCAGUAGAAGAUUCUCCGCUGUGCCUGCCCUUCUCUGGAGGAUUGGCGCCUGGGUUGGGUGUAACGGUGGCGCUGGUGCUACUGAACACCCUCGCAUACCUGCUAAGCGCCGUGAUAUACACGAGGCUCUACUGUGGUCUGGGCCGGGCACAGCUUGCUGAUCCGGAGCAGGCAGGUUCCGUACGGCACGUCGCGUGGCUUAUUUUUACCAACUGCAUCUUCUUCUGCCCUGUGGCAGCCUUCUCCUUCGCCCCACUGCUGACAGGAACGGGGACUGCAGCUGGAAGCCCGGACAUGGCAAAAUCGGUUACGCUGAUCUUCUUUCCUCUGUCUGCUUGCCUAAACCCUGUUCUGUACGUCUGCUUCAGCCCUGCCUUCCGGCACGACUGGCUCCGCCUAAGAGGCCGGAUCAGACUCGGGAGAGGCGUGAAAACCAUCGGGACCGGUUCAGCAGGCAUCACCGGGACAGGUGAAGGCAGAGUCUCGAGUGAACUGGGCUACGAAUGUGGCAUGUGCGAACGCUGCGAGGCAGCUCUUCUCGCCACGGCAUCUUCAUCAUCCGCCUCCUCAUCUUCCUCUUCCUCCUGCACAUGCAGACAUUUAGUGAAGUGGCACAGUUGCCCGGCGCUGACAGCGGGCGAGGUUCCGUGCUCGCGUUCCAAGGGCGACUGGGCCGACUGCGGCACUCUGUCAGCGCACUCGGAAUACGCAGACGAGGGAGACUCGUUCGUAUCAGACAGCUCGGAGCAGGCACAAGCGUGCGGACGCGCGUGUUUCUGCCAAAGUCGCGGCUUACCUUUAGUGCAUUACUCUUACAACGUGCCCAGCAUUAAAGACUGAGAAUGAGUCACUGCACACACACACACACACACACUCUCGCACAUUCACACCUUCACUCAUUCACUACAGAGUGUCUGCUCGCAUGGCACACACACACACACACACACACACACACACACACACACACACACACACAAGCACAUUAUGCAGGGAACAGUGGGUGAUUUGAGACACGCCCUGGAGCCAGAGACGUUCGACUGGUCAGGAAGCACUUUUUUCAGACGCAUCAGUGUGUGUUUUUGUAUAUGUGUGUGCGUGUGUGUGUGUGCUGAUGCCUUGUCAGUAAAUAUAAAGGGAAACUGACAAUAUGGAAAAGACUCACUGAGCCAAAUGUCAGCAGGACUUGAUUUGCUUUCUGCUUUGCGAUUCGUGUCUGCAGCGAGCUAACUGACUUCCUUAAUCCUGAAAGAACACGACGCCGAGUGCUACUGCCCGCCUCUCACUCUCCAACACAACACAACUUCAGAUUGCAAAGAUUUCGGUUAAGCAGGGAUAAACGUCCCUAAGCCGAGUCUUGAUUUUAUUCUUCACUGCCGGCAUUCCUUGUUGUAUCGACCUCGGUCUGUGACAGAAGCGUACGACGGAUCUUUCCCCGUGUAGCUGCGUUCACGUACGUGUUGGUCAAGGAGACACAACACAGUAACACAACACAGAAACUUUUAAAGAGCGAGUCUAUUUUUACUGCCUCUUUUCUUAGAAAUUCUGCUAAUAUUUAGCAUUGGCAUUACCAGCACCUAUUCCCUCACACUGUUCAGUCCAUCUUGCGCGUCGACAGCUGUGCAGAAGCCUUCGGGGUGAAAUAGUGGCUUGAAGGCAAAAAAGAUUGGAGGUGAAAUCCAGCCUUCUCGGAUUCGGCGCUCUCUCGGCUGUAACGGUCGUCGUUUUGACAUUAGCAAUGACUUUAUCUUACACAGUGCCCUAAUUUAUAAACAGAAAUAAAUAUGUAUGUAAAAUUGUUUCAAUUACAGAGUGAUAUAAAUAAUUCAGUGGUUAUGGUACUGUAUAUGAAACAUGUUCGGACCUUCGUAUUAUAAGUUCCUGUGCGUCAUUUAGACGCAAACUCAGGCCCUGAUUUAAUGAAAGGUGAAACAUAGAUGACCUGGAAUUCUACAUUAUGUCUGCUGAAUCUGGAAUAUAAACUCAAAAUUGUACUUUAUGUCACAAAUUUGAGACACUUUCUUACUACGAGUGACGUGAGGAAUAAAACACGACAGCGUGCGCUGUUAUCGGAAAAUAAUCAACGACAGAAUGGCGGACAUUGACAUAACGUCUUGUUUUCUUCUUAUCCAACAGCAGAAUUAUUAUGACACGUCAUAAUUUUAAACUAUUUAUAGUUACAUUUAAUGUUGUGGAACAUCCACGAGACAAGUUAUUACCUGUUAUGACUCACAUUAUAGCAGCUAUAAACAGUUGUCCCUUCACCAGCGUCUCUUUUAUCUCUCUGUUGAAGUUAAUAAGAUGAGAAGACACGGCUUAUGUUGCAUAGAAACAGCCCUGACACCGAAGACUCCUUCCAUAAGCAUUAAAUAAGCAUCUGUGUCCACAAAGUUGCACUACAGGUAUGAUAUACAGUACUAGUGAAAAGUUUGUACACCCCGACUCAUUCAUCGGCUUUUCCGUAUUUUGUAUUUUCUCUGUUGUAGAACAAUACUGAAGACAUCAAAAGUAUGAAAUAACAUCUGGAACAGAUAUGGAAUUAUGUGGUAAACAACAAAAAAGGGUUAAUAAACAAAACGUUUCAUAUUUUAGAUUCUUCAGCGUAGCCAACGUUUACCUUGAUGACGCUUUUGUACACUAUUGGCAUUAUCUUAACCAGCUUCGUGAGGCAGUCACCUGGAAUGCUUUUCAAUUAACAGCUGUGCCUCGUCAAAAGUUAAUUAGUGGAUUAAUUUUGUGCCUUCUUAAUGCGUUUGAGAUCAAACAGUCAAUAAUAAAAAUACAGUAAAUAGCCCCAUUCCAUCCACAACCGUAGUAAUCCAUAUAAUUACAUUACAUUUAGCAGACGCUCUUCUCCAGAGCGACGUACAACAUACCAGAGCAGCCUGGGGAGCAGUAGGGGGUUAGGUGCCUUGCUGAAGGGCACUUCAGACGUUCCUGCUGGUCCAGGGAAUUGAACUGGCAACCUUUUGGUCCCAAAGCUGCUUCUCUAAUCAUUAAGCCAUGGCUUCCUCCAAUAAUAUCAAGAAGCGCUCAACUAAGUAAAGAGAAACGACGUCCAUCAUUACUUUAAGACAUGAAGAAGUGUCUUUUAAUUAAUAAAAAUAAAGAAAAAACACUGAAUUAGAAGGUGUGUCCAAACUUUUGACUGGUACUGUAUAUGUCUGACGUAGAAACAGAGUUCCAAAGCGAGCAGGUUCUUCUAAAACAUAUCAACAUUUUAUAAAUUGUCAAUGUUGAUCACAAAUACAUCCUUUGAUUUUUUUUUUUUUUUUAUUAUUGCUAAUAUGUAAGAGAUAAUGUUUAUUAUAAUUGUAUAAUCGAGAAUGGAAUGACCAGGUCACUGUACAUUAUUAUCCGAAGUCUUGACUCUCCCUGAAGGGGUAUAUUUCACGAUAACGACCGGAUCGCUGUACAUUAUUCUGCUUAUUACACGGCUGCUUACCAAAGAAAUCAAUAAUGCGACACAAAAUAAUGAUUUAAAAUUAUUUUACUGAUUUAUAAUUUUAUUUUUUUAUUGCUCCCGGUAAUGACAUGGUCCAGAGCAAUGGCCUGUUAAACAGACUGUACAAUACUGCAGUUGAACAAUCAGAGUCAAGUAUUCAACAAAGCCAUGUAAUAAAUUCUUUUAUUCUAUCCACAUUCACUGGAUAUGAGCAAUCGCGCGCUCUGAUUGGCUACUCGACUUCUAGGAUAUCAGCUCAUAUACCGUAAGUAGAGAAAAACAAAAUGGGUGAGCGUGUCGCUGAACCAACCGAGGAUGAAAUAAAACCUACUUGAAAACCAAACCCCCCAAAAAUACGCAAAAAUAAGCAACAAAUUAUGGAAUGAAAGUAUUUGAUGGUCAGAACGUAUCUUUUUUUUUUUUCAAGAAUUAUUAUUAUUAUUAUUAUUAUUAUCGCAUUUUUCACAAAUUGCUCCUGUCAUUUCGCUGGUUUGUUUACAUCCUAAGUGGAAACGAUUUUGUCGGACGUUUUGUAUAAAGUUUUUAUUUGUCGAAUUUGCAAAAAAUAAAAAUAAAAAGGCUCCGUUUCUCUAAACCCAGCGAGCGUGGACAUAAUAAAACCGUUAUUCCGCUCAAUCUCGUCGUACAUGGCUUAUAGCGCUAUCAGCUCAUGUACGACUCGGUUUCGUGGAAUAACUGUUAAAUAUUAUUCUUUUUCACGCCCUGACAUCUUUUAUAAACUGUUUUAUCUCCAGCGUUGACGUUUUCAUAUUGUAUUUUGCCCAAUAAUACAAUCUGAAGUUUCAGUGUCACAGUCACGCCAAAAUCUCCACUUGUUUUACACGUAAUAUAAUUUACAGUCAUUAUUUGUAAAUCGCCCCAAAACACCCCCUAACUAAAGAGCAGUUUAUGUAUUUAUUCUAUUUGAGAUCUUUGUAAAUCAGGGGCUUAUAACACUAAGGUCACCAUGGACUUGCUGCUUCGGAGCAUGAGCAGGCUUGAUGAAUAUCAAACGACAUGGCAUUUCAUUUCCUUAUCUCAUUCUAUCCCCAAAGAAUACGAUUAGAUUAUUUUUUAUAUUUGCGUAAUUCCUAUAAGCUUAUAAACGACAUAUUUACUUCCGCCACGAACAGGUCCAAAGAGCAAACGUGUACCGAGUAUAUCGAGUUUAUUCAUGUGUUUUCACCCUGAUCUUGAACUUUUAAGCUGUUAUCAUGAAUCGUUGUCUUAAGCUUGUUUAACAUCAGCGAGAAUUCACACCCAGGGAUUUUCACUGAAGAGAAACCUUUCCAUUUCGUGUCACUUUGCUGUCCUGCAGAAGGACUUAAAGCACAUUUGCAUUCAAGCUGAAUUUAAUUUAUAUCCAAUAAGCUUCCACCAGCCGAUGUUUAAGGCAAUCUUUUCAAUGAGGUAGCAAUUAAUGUCACUAACAAAUUCCAGAUGUGUGAGUGUGUCUGUUGUGAUUCUACCUUUACGUUCGUCUGUGAGUGUUGUAAAUUAUUUGUAUAAUCGAGAAUGGGAUGCAUCGUCUAACCAUGGAAGCUACCUCUUUAACCGUAGCGGCUGCCGGUAGUGUGCAGCGUGUAUGAGAGAGUGGUUGCUCUUGUGUUUUACGUUUUGAUGUUUUAUGUCGACUGUAUGAUUACCCGCAUUGUAAAUACAUCUAAUUUGUACUGUCACUGAAUGAAAGUCACAUUUUCGAUGAUACCGAUUGUGGGAGGAAAUUGUGUACGGUAUAUAGUAAAUUUUGUAAAGCAAACCAU